UGUGGAUCACAAUUGUAUGUCUAAACUGGGUUACAGUAUGGAUGAUGGUUUUAUUUUUACUGAAUUUGGGUAUAUUUUAUUUGGAAUGUAAAUUAGCAAUGAAUGUCUGGGAUCAUCAAGUAAAAAUUAAAGUGCAUAUUUGAAAGUCCCAUGAAAACUGAGUUGCCCCAUUAUCAUCCAUAAGUAUUUUAUAGGUGACUUCAUCUUGUCAUAAGGAGCUUGAUAGUGAUUCAUUUGUUUUUUUUAUUGUAUCAUUGUGAUUGUGAGCAUUCUGGGAUAUAUUUCUUCUCUUUGUUUCUUCUUUUUCUCCAAUGACUUGAUCCAGUAUUUUGACCUAUUUGUGCUUUCUUGCAGGGAAGAGGGAGGUCAAAGUGAAGGCCCUGGAGGCAGCUGAAGCUGCAAAGCGUCAGGCAGAAAAGAAAGAGAAUGAACGCAAGAUGAAGAAGGAAGCCUUGAAACUUGAGCGGUCAAGAAUGGAGCAGGAGAAUAUGAAGCAGUUGGAGUUGCAGAAGAAGAAGAUGGAAGAAGAGAGGAAGAAAAAAGAGGCAGAUAUGGCAUCAAAGAAGAGACAAAGGGAAGAGGAAGAAAGGAAGGAGAAGGAAAGAAAAAGAAUGCGUAUUGAAGCACGUAGAAACAAGAGAGAACAUGAAGACAAGGUACCUGCAGAAAAGGAUGGAAGAGGCCCUGGGGGUAAGGAAUCUAAGGAUGAAAUGGCAAGUAAGAAAAUGGAGGAAGAAAAGGGUUAUGACAAUAACAGAAAUAUUUCGGAGACUAAGCAAUGCUGGAAAAGAAAGUAUUGUCCACGAAGAGUUCCACGAGGCCUCGAGUAAUUAUGGAUAUAAAGCAGAGGUACUGAGCAAUUCAGACAGAGCAAUGAAGAAUUCAGUUGCCAUUACAAGUCAAGAACAGUCUUAUGACAUCUCACCAUACAAAGAAUCAGAUGAUGAGAAUGACGAUGACGACAGUACCAUACCAAAUAAUAAAUUUAUUCCUUCGUGGUCAAGUAAAAACUGCCUGGCUUUCGCUGCUUCUUCCCAGAAUAGAGCAGACCCAGAGACGAUCUUCCCCCCGGAAAGCUUUUGCUGCAUAUCUGAAGUCCUCUUGCCCCGAAAGCAUCAAUUGAACAACAGCGGAAUGUGUUAAUCUAUGUUCAGUUAUAUUCUUCAGUCACCUAUAAUAUGAGCUUUCGGUCAAGAAGAG